AUGGAAAAUAUCGAGACUGUUGUUCGUUUGGCCGACAAGUACGAUGUCCUCGAAUAUGUCAACGCGUGUGCCGUAUUUCCCAAAAGACAACUGACACUGGAUAACAGGUUCUGGGUUUAUCAAUUGGCAGUGAAUCUCAAAAAUGAUGAAUUAAUCGAGUUCUGUGAGGGCAAAAUCAUCAAUUCGCCGAAAGGUGUUUUUGCUGCCGAGGUAUUCAAACGCUGUAACAAAAGUAUUCUGAAGCGAAUUCUGGAGCUGGAUUUAGUUUGCACAGAAGCCGAUGUAUUUGAUGCCUGUUUGACGUGGACCAAAUACGCAUGCGAACAAAAUGAUUUGGAUGGAACUCAAGCGGUGAAUCUGAGAACUCAACUCGGCGAUUGCUUUAAGCUAAUUCGAUUCGGUGCAAUGGCAAGCGAUGAAUUUUACAAACGGUAUAUGUCAUUUAAGGGACUAUUCACUCUGGAAGAAUUCGAAGAUAUUAUGUUUUCAUUAUCA